AUGGAGAAGCACAAGAAGUUUGCUGAGCAGACGCUGCGGCAGAAGGCGCAGGUGGAGCAGGAGCUGACCAAGGUGAAGCUGCAGCUGGACGAGACGGACCAUCAGAAGGGCAUCCUGGACGAGGAGCUGCAGCGGCUGAAGGAGGAGGUGACGGAUGCCGUCCGGCAGAAGGCCCAGGUGGAGGAGGAGCUCUUCAAGGUCCGGGUGCAGAUGGAGGAGCUGGCCAAGCUGAAGAGCCGGAUCGAGGAGGAGAACAAGGCGCUGAUCCUCAAGGACAAGGACAACACGCAGAAGUUCCUGGCGGAGGAGGCUGAGAAGAUGAAGCAGGUGGCGGAGGAGGUGGCCCGGCUGAGCGUGGAGGCGCAGGAGGCCGCCCGCAUGCGGCAGCUGGCCGAGGACGACCUGGCACAGCAGCGGGCGCUGGCGGAGAAGAUGCUGAAGGAGAAGAUGCAGGCGGUGCAGGAGGCCACACGGCUGCGGGCCGAGGCUGAGAUGCUGCAGAAACAGAAGGACCUGGCGCAGGAACACGCCAAGCGGCUGCAGGAGGACAAGGAGCAGAUGCAGCAGCGCCUGGCUGAGGAGACCGAGGGCUUCCAGAAGACACUGGAGGCCGAGCGCCGGCGGCAGCUGGACAUCACGGCCGAGGCUGAGCGCCUCAAGGUGCAAGUGGCGGAGAUGAGCAUGGCCCAGGCCAAGGCUGAGGAGGAAGCCAAGCGGUUCAAGAAGCAGGCGGAGGAGAUCAGUGAGAGGCUGCACGAGACCGAGCUGGCCACGCAGGAGAAGAUGACGCUGGUGCAGACCCUGGAGAUCCAGCGGCACCAGAGCGAUGAGGAUGCGGAGAAGCUGCGGAAGGCCAUUGCCGACCUGGAGAAGGAGAAGGAGAAGCUGAAGCAGGAGGCGGCGCUGCUGCAGCAGAAGGCAGAGGAGAUGCAGGUGGCCCAGCAGGCUCAGCUCCGUCAGGAGACACAGCUCCUCCAGCAGAGCUUCCUGACGGAGAAGGAUGCCCUGCUGCAGAAGGAGAAGUUCAUCGAGGAGGAGAAAUCGAAGCUGGAGAAGCUCUUUAAGGACGAGGUGAACAAAGCCCAGAACCUGAAGGCAGAGCAGGAGAGGCAGCAGCAGGAGAUGGAGCAGGAGAAGCAGCAGUUGAAAGCCAUGUUGGACGAAGCCAAGAAGCAUCAAAGAGAAGCUGAGGAAAACGUCCGGCACAAGCAGGAGGAGCUGCAGCAGCUGGAGAGGCAGCGGCAGCAGCAGGAGAAACUUUUGGAAGAGGAGAACAAGAAGCUGAGGGAGAGGCUCGAGCAGAUGCAGGAGGAGUACAAGGCCGCCCUGGCCCAGAGACGGGAGAUCAUGAUCCAGACGGACGACCUGCCCGGGGAGGCCGCGGUUACGACGACGCAGCUGCUGGACAUCAAGGCUGUGCCCAACGGCCGGGACGCGAUGGACGGCCUAGCGCAGAACGGGGAGCCCGAGUUUGCCUUCGACGGCAUCCGGCAGAAGGUGUCGGCAGAGAAGCUGGCUGACGCCGGCAUCCUGAGCAGAGAGAACCUGGACAAGUUGUCGAAGGGAGUUGUGAGUGUGGACGAGCUCUCGCAGAGGGAGGACAUCAAGAAGUACCUGCAGGGCAAGAGCAGCAUCGCUGGCUUGCUGAUCAAACCCACCAACCAGAAGAUGAGCAUCUACGAGGCCAUGAAGAAGAAGCUGCUCAGCCCAGGCACAGCGCUGGUGCUCCUGGAGGCUCAGGCUGCCUCCGGCUUCAUCAUUGAUCCCGUGCAGAACGUGAGGCUCUCAGUGAACGAGGCGGUGCGAGAGGGUGUGAUUGGGCCUGAGCUGCACAACAAGAUGCUGUCGGCUGAGAGGGCUGUCACCGGCUACAAGGACCCCUACACGGGCGACAAGAUCUCCCUCUUCCAGGCCAUGACGAAGGAUCUCAUCGUCAGGGACCACGGCAUCCGCCUGCUCGAGGCCCAGAUCGCCACCGGCGGCAUCAUCGACCCCGUGCACAGCCACCGCCUGCCCGUGGAAGCGGCCUACAAACGGGGCUACUUCGAUGAGGAGAUGAACCAGGUCCUGUCCGACCCCACUGACGACACCAAGGGCUUCUUCGACCCCAACACUCAGGAGAACCUGACCUACCUGCAGCUGAUGGAGCGGUGCGUGACUGACCCCGACACGGGGCUGUGUCUCCUGCCGCUCACUGACCAGGCAGCCAAGGCGAGGGAGCAGCUGGUCUACACUGACAAGGAAGCCAAGGACGUCUUCAAGAAGGCCACGGUGACAGCCCCGUUUGGCAAGUUCCAAGGGAAGACGAUGACCAUCUGGGAGCUCAUCAACUCUGAAUACUUCACUGAGGACCAAAGGCGGGACCUGAUCCAGCAGUACAGGACUGGCAAGAUCACAGUGGAGAAGAUCAUCAAGAUCAUCAUCACGGUUGUGGAGGAAAGCGAGAAAAAGAGCCAGAUGUGCUUCGAGGGCCUGCGGGCGCCCGUGCCCGCUGCCGAACUGCUGGAAAGCAAGGUCAUCAACAAGGACCUCUACAACCAGCUGCACCAGGGCAAGAAAUCCGUGAAAGACGUGGCGGAGAUGGAGUCUGUGCGGCAGUACCUGAAGGGCACGGAUGCCAUCGCCGGUGUCCUGGUGGAGUCGACGGGCCAGAAGCUCACCUUCUAUGAGGCCCUGAAGAGAAACCUGCUGAAGCCAGAGGUUGCCCUCUCCCUGCUGGAGGCACAAGCUGCCACUGGCUACAUCAUUGACCCCGUGGGGAACAAGCUCUUCUCCGUGGAUGAGGCGGUGAAGGCUGAGGUGGUGGGGCCGGAGUUCCACGAGAAGCUGCUGUCGGCGGAGAAGGCGGUGACCGGCUACAAGGAUCCCUACACAGGCCAGACGGUUUCCCUCUACCAAGCGCUCAGGAAGGGCCUCAUCCCCAGUGACACGGGGCUCCGGCUGCUGGACGUCCAGCUCGCCACUGGUGGCAUCAUCGACCCUGUCAACAGCCACCGGCUCCCGCUCGAGGUCGCCUACAAGCGCGGCUACUUCGACCCCGAGGUAAACGAGGCUCUGACUGAGCUCCGAGAUGACGCCAAGGCUUUCUACUGCCCCAACACCCAGGAACACCUCACCUACGCCCAGCUGCAGAAGAGCUGCCACCGUGACAAGCAGACUGGCCUGUGCCUGCUGCCCCUGUCCGACAAGGCCAUCCAGUCGCAGCAGGAGGAGGUCUACACCGACAGCCAGGCCAAGGAGUGCUUCGACAAGACCACCAUAGAGGUCCCGGUGGGCAGCAUGAAGGGCCGGACGAUGACCAUCUGGGAUCUGAUCCACUCUGAGUACUUCACGGAGGAGCACAGGAGGGAGCUCCUCCGACAGUACAAAACCGGCAAGGUGACCAUCGAGAAGAUCAUCAAGAUCGUGAUCACCAUCAUCGAGGAGGCGGAGACCAAAAAGCAGGAGAAGCUGACGUUCAGCGGUCUGCGGGCGCCGGUGCCGGCCAGCGAGCUGCUGGAGUCCCGCAUCAUCAGCAAAGCCCAGUACGAGCAGCUGAAGGAAGGCAAGAAGACGGUGAAGGACCUCUCUGAGACAGAUGCAGUGAGGAGGUUCCUGCACGGCAGCGACUGCAUUGCUGGCGUCUACGUGGAGGCCACCAAGGAGAAGCUGAACAUCUAUGAGGCCAUGAAGAGGAACCUGCUGACGCCCGGCACCGCUGUGGUCCUCCUGGAGGCCCAGGCAGCCACUGGGUUCUUGAUCGACCCCGUGAAGAACCGUAAACUGUACGUCAACGAGGCAGUGAAGGCUGGUGUCGUCGGGCCUGAGCUGCACGAGAAGCUGCUGUCAGCUGAGAAGGCUGUCACCGGCUACAAGGACCCCUACUCGGGCGACACCAUCUCGCUCUUCCAGGCCAUGAAGAAAGGGCUCAUCGUCAGGGACCACGGCAUCCGCCUGCUCGAGGCCCAGAUCGCCACCGGCGGCAUCAUCGACCCCGUGCACAUCCGCUUGCUGGAGGCGCAGAUCGCCACCGGCGGCAUCAUCGACCCCGAGGAGAGCCACCGCCUGCCCGUGGAGGUGGCCUACAAGAGGGGCCUCUUUGACGAGGAGAUGAAUGAGAUCCUGCUGGACCCCAGCGAUGACACCAAGGGCUUCUUCGACCCCAACACGGAGGAGAACCUCACCUACCUGCAGCUGAUGGAGCGGUGCAUCACGGACCCAGAGACCGGCCUCUGCCUCCUGCCCCUGAAGGAGAAGAAGCGGGAGAGGAAGACUUCUUCCAAGUCCUCUGUCCGCAAGCGCCGGGUGGUGAUCGUUGACCCAGAGACGGGCAAGGAGAUGUCUGUCUACGAAGCCUAUCGCAAGGGCCUCAUCGACCACCAGACCUACCUGGAGCUGUCGGAGCAGGAGUGCGAAUGGGAGGAGAUCACCACCUCGUCCUCCGACGGCGUGGUGAAGUCAAUGAUCAUCGACAGGCGCUCGGGGCGCCAGUACGACAUCGACGACGCCAUCGGCAAGGGCCUGAUUGACCAGUCAGCCCUGGACCAGUACCGCUCAGGCACCCUCUCCAUCACCGAGUUUGCCGACAUGCUCUCCGGCAACAUGGGCGGCUUCCGGUCGCGGUCAUCCUCGGUGGGAUCCUCCUCCUCCUACACCGUCAGCCCAGCCCUGACACGGACCCAGAUCUCCAUGUGGACCGACCCGACCGAGGAGACCGGGCCGGUGGCGGGCAUCCUGGACACGGACACUCUGGAGAAGGUGUCCAUCACGGAGGCGAUGCGCCGCAACCUGGUGGACAACAUCACGGGGCAGCGGCUGCUGGAAGCCCAGGCCUGCACCGGGGGCAUCAUCGACCCCAGCACCGGGGACAAGUGCUCUGUCGCCGACGCGGUCAGCAAGGGCCUGGUCGACAAGAUCAUGGUGGACCGCAUCAACCUGGCGCAGAAGGCCUUCUACGGCUUCGAGGACCCGCGGACCAAGACGAAGAUGUCGGCGGCGCAGGCGCUGAAGAAGGGCUGGCUGUACUACGAGGCCGGGCAGCGGUUCCUGGAGGUGCAGUACCUGACGGGGGGCCUGAUUGAGCCCGACGCCGCGGGCCGCGUGUCCCUGGACGAGGCGCUGCAGAAGGGCACCAUCGACGCGCGCACCGCCCAGAAGCUGCGGGACGUCAACACCUACUCCAAGUACCUCACCUGCCCCAAGACCAAGCUCAAGAUCUCCUACAAGGACGCCAUGGACCGGAGCAUGAUCGAGGAUGGGACCGGCCUGCGGCUGCUGGAGGCCUCGUCCCGCCUGGGCACAGCCCCCGAGGACCUGGCGCUGUGGCUGGGCCGCAUGGAGAAGGAGCUGGGCAAGCGGGAGAGCCAGGGUGACGGCCAGGAGGCCCCAGUCAGCGCCGGUGACAGGGAGAAGUUUGAGCAGGUGCUGGAGUCCCAGCUUGCCCGUGUGACCGGGCUGGGCAAGCGGCUGGAGGAGAUCGGCCGCGUGCAGCUGGACCCCGAGGCUCUCGGCUCGCAGCUCUCCGAGCAGAAG